CAUUCUGUGAAGAGGGGUGUAGAUACGGUGGAACUUGUGUAGCCCCUAACAAAUGUGUCUGCCCUUCUGGAUUCACAGGAAGUCAUUGUGAGAAAGAUAUUGAUGAGUGUGCAGAGGGGAUCAUUGAGUGUCACAACCAUUCACGCUGUGUUAACCUCCCAGGGUGGUACCACUGUGAGUGCAGAAGCGGUUUCCAUGACAAUGGAAGCUAUUCUCUUUCCGGGGAGUCCUGUGUUGAUAUCGAUGAGUGUGCCUUAAAGACCCACACCUGUUGGAACGAUUCAGCCUGUGUGAACCUGGCAGGAGGGUUUGAUUGCCUUUGUCCGUCCGGACCAUCUUGCACUGGAGACUGUCCCCAUGAAGGCGGCUUCAAGCGGAACGGGCAGGUGUGGACCCUGAAGGAGGACAGAUGCUCCGUUUGUUCCUGCAAGGACGGGAGGAUUUUCUGCCGGAGGACAGCCUGCGACUGCGGGAACCCCAGCGCUGAUCUCUUCUGCUGCCCGGAGUGCGACACCCGUGUCACCAGCCAGUGCCUCGACCAAACUGGGCACAAGCUCUACCACAGUGGGGACAACUGGACCUACAGCUGUCAGCAGUGCCGUUGCCUGGAAGGAGAGGUGGAUUGUUGGCCCCUUCUGUGCCCAAAUCUAAACUGCGAGUACACGGCCAUCUCUGAAGGAGAGUGCUGUCCCCACUGUGUCAGUGACCCCUGUCUGGCUGACAACAUCACCUACGACAUCAGGAAAACCUGUCUAGAUGGUUAUGGAAUUACAAGACUUAGCGGCGCUGUAUGGACAAUGGUGGGAUCUCCUUGUACAACCUGCAAAUGCAAGAAUGGGAACGUCUGCUGCUCGGUGGAUUUAGAGUGUCUCAACAAUAACUGACGUAGUCAGACUGGACUGUGCCGGGGGAGGAAAACUGAUGAAGUUAACACCUGAAAUGAAGUCGUAUGCGUUGGCAUUUUAUACAACAGACAAUUACCAAAGUCUCCGCACGAGGAAGAUGUUUGGGAGUUGCCUUUGGGACCUAUCACUAUGCUCAUCCUUGCUAGCCUUGUCUGGGUGACUUACAGUACAGCGCAUAUAAAGUCAAUGGUUGUUAAAAGUUUUCAGUGUUGUAAAUUACACACUUUUCCUGUCAAGACAUUUGCAAAUAUGUUUAAAUUAUUUCAUGGGUAAACUAAUGCUGUAUUUUUGUUUUAAUUUGUGUAUUGACCACAUGAUAGAAUUCAGCUCUUCUUCCUUUGGAUCUAGAUUUUACAAAUAAGACAGCCUGUUGUGAUUUUGUCCCAUGAUAUCACAUACUUAGUUCCAAGGUCCCUGUCAGAUGUAUUUAUGAAAAUAUGUAUGUAUGUACAGUCAAAUUGCAUAGUACUUAUAUUUCACAGC